GAUGCUGCAUCAGAUUUGCUCACCACUAUGCUACGCUCCUCCUAGUGAGGGAGAGAAAAAAGAUCACACACAGAGGGAGAGAGAGAGAAACACAGGAAGGAAAGAAAAGAACAGCCUUCUGUUAGAGCCAAACGCUCCUCUCUCUUUCUCUCUCUCUUCUCUCUGUGUUUCACUUUGAAACUAUAUAGAUAUGUUUAUGGUCUGGUACAGAGAGAGAUAGAUCGUGAGCUUCCAGAUUUGAGGAAGAGCUGAGUAUCUAAUCUAUGCUUUUCAGUCCUUUCAGUUCAGAUCAGAGUGAACUUUGAGAAAGAGAACACAAAAAUGCUCAAGGCUCACUCAAAACGACACCGUUUUACCUGAAGGAAGUGACACACAGUCAGUACUCAUUAUCUCCGUUGCAUUGCAGAACAGUGCUCACUAACUGCCUCCUGACACUGACAGUAUUUGGAGAUACUGUCAGAGUAGAUAUGGACCUACUAUCUUUAAGCCAACUUCAACAACCUUGUGUUUAACAUCUUAUCUGUCUUAUAUUUUAGGAAAGAAAGAGCAAAUUGUUGGUAGGGUUGAGAACAAAAGUGGAGUGUGACAAAUGGGGUCGAUUGGAGGGGCUGAGCUACCAAAGAUGGAGAAGACGCAAAUAGCAAGUGCUCGUGAGGAAAAGAUUCUUGUUUUGGUGAGGUUGAGGCCUUUGAAUGAGAAAGAGAUUGUGGCAAAUGAAGUUGCAGACUGGGAAUGCAUCAAUGACACCACCAUCUUGUACAGGAAUACCCUUCGUGAAGGCUCUACAUUUCCAUCUGCCUAUACUUUUGAUAGAGUUUUUCGGGGUGACUGCCCUACAAGACAAGUGUACGAGGAAGGAGCCCGGGAAGUUGCUCUUUCAGUUGUCAGUGGUAUUAACUCGAGUAUCUUUGCGUAUGGGCAGACAAGCAGUGGAAAGACUUACACCAUGAUGGGGAUAACUGGGUAUACAGUGGCGGAUAUAUUUGACUAUAUACAUAGGCAUGAAGAGAGAGCAUUUGUUUUGAAGUUCUCUGCAAUUGAGAUAUACAAUGAAGCUAUUAGAGAUCUCCUUAUUGCAGAUUCUACUCCACUUAGAUUGCUCGAUGAUCCGGAGAAAGGGACAGUUGUUGAGAAAGUUAGAGAGGAAAUACUGAAGGAUUGGAGCCAUCUAAAGGAGCUUCUUUCUGUUUGUGAAGCUCAAAGACGGAUUGGGGAGACCUCCCUGAAUGAGAAAAGCUCCAGAUCUCAUCAAAUUCUUAGAUUGACAAUUGAAAGUUCUGCUCGUGAAUUCAUAGGCAAAGAAAAUUCUACCACUCUUUCAGCAACUGUGAAUUUUGUUGAUUUGGCAGGAAGCGAGCGUGCAUCCCAGUCAUUAUCCUCUGGGGCAAGAUUGAAAGAAGGAUGCCAUAUAAACCGCAGUUUGCUGACUCUGGGAACUGUCAUUCGCAAGCUAAGCAAUGGGAGACAUGGGCACAUCAAUUAUAGAGAUUCUAAGCUGACACGGUUGCUGCAGCCUGCUUUGGGUGGCAAUGCUAGAACUGCCAUUAUCUGCACACUGAGUCCUGCACGUAGCCAUGUCGAACAAACUAGAAACACUCUUUUGUUUGCUUGUUGUGCAAAAGAAGUCACCACCAAAGCACAGGUCAAUGUAGUCAUGUCAGAUAAGGCACUGGUUAAGCAUUUGCAAAAAGAGUUGGCUAGAUUGGAGAGUGAAUUGAGAAGUCCUGCCCCUGUUUCAUCAACCAGUGAUUAUGCAACAUUACUCAGAAAGAAAGAUAUUCAAAUACAAAAGAUGGAGAAGGAGAUUCGAGAGGUGACCAAGCAACGGGAUCUUGCUGAAUCCCAGGUGGAGGAUUUGCUGCGAAUGAUUGGACAUGAUCAAACUUUAAGAAAUGGGGCUGUGGUUGGUCCUCAUCCAACUCAGCAAGCAGGGCAUACAUGGGAAGAUGAAUUUGGAGACGGUGGGAGCAACAUGGAUGAGCCCUAUCAUCUUCAGGAUACUACUGAUGACCAUUCUGUGUCUGAUAGCACCUAUCCAUUGAUAUCGAUUGGAAAGAAGAUUGUUAGAUCUGAUUCGUGUCAGAGUCUGGAGGAUACUGCUUUUGGACCUGCAGAAGAUACUGAUGACUACUGCAAGGAAGUUCAAUGUAUUGAAACGGAUGAGACAAGAAGAGAGAACAAGUUUGAACUUCAUUCCAUAACAUCUGGUGAAAAUGAAGCAACGUUAGCUUUGACAAUGUUUGGGGAUGGUACUGCAACAGAGCAGCAAAUAUCAACUCCAGCAAUUGGACAUAGAGAAGUGAGUCACAUGCAAGAUGGUUUUACAUAUGACAUGUUGGAGCAGAGACUGCAUCAUGUACAAAGGACCAUAGAUGCUCUUGUCAGUCCUGAACCUGAUGAAACAUCUCCACCAUCCUUGGCAGCUCAUUUGUCAAGUUCUAGAAGCAUGAAGUUAACAAGGAGCUCAAGUUGCGGAGAGAAUACCAUGACCGGCUCUUCCCCCUACUUUGGGAAGUCGGAACAAAUUGAGAGCACUCCACCAAAUGGUUUUGAGAAAAUCUUUCCUGGGAGACCAGAGAGUGUUCGAAGGAAGUUUCCUCCACUAAAUUACAGUGGUGCUGCAAGGUUAUCGAGAAAUGAUUCUCAAUCUUCUGUUGAUAGUGCCUACACAGAUGAUUUCAGGUCACAAAGCAUCGAAACUUCUGCAGAUGUGGACAUACCUAGCAUCCAAACUUUUGUUGAAGGUCUGCAAGAGAUGGCCAAGCAAGAGUAUGAGAAACACCUAGGUGAUGGUCAGGCUCAGGAGACAGACCGAACAGCUCAUAAAUUUGAAAAGAAUACUAAAGAUGUUGGAUUGGUUCCAAUGUGUGAAGCAAUGGAAACUUCUAGUGACUGGCCAAUGGCAUUUGAGAGGCAGCGGGGAGAGAUAUUUGAACUUUGGCAAACUUGCAAUAUUUCAUUGGUUCAUCGAACUUACUUUUUCCUGCUCAUUAAAGGUGAUCCAACAGAUUCCAUAUACAUGGAGGUGGAGCUUAGGAGACUUUCUUUCCUCAAGGAAACACUUUCUCAAGGGAAUCAUACCGUGGGAGGUAGAUCAACAUUAACAACAAGCAUCAAGGCCCUUCACAAGGAGAGAGGAAUGCUGAGCAAGCUGAUGCAGAGGAGGUUAUCAGAAGAAGAGAGAAAGAUAAUAUACCAGAAGUGGGGUAUAGAAUUGAGCUCAAAACGUAGAAGGCUACAGUUGGCAAACCGCUUAUGGAGCAACACAAAGGAUAUGAACCACAUCAUGGAGAGUGCUGCAAUAGUUGCAAGGCUGGUGAGAUUUGUAGAACAGGGGCAAGCUCUCAAGGAGAUGUGUGGGCUUAGCUUCACACCCCCAAGCACAAGAAGGAGGCUCUUGGGCUGGACAUUCAGCAUAUCAACUCUUCUAUAGCUUAUACAAACUCCAUUUUCAAGUUUAGGAAAGAAAAGAAGCUUACUGCCUGGUUGUCAUCACUUCAGCAGGUAAGCAAAAUCAUUCCAGUAGGUUGAGUUUAAUGGUUUAAAAAAAAAAAAAUCACAGAAGCAUCUCAGAAAAAAUAAAAAACAAUUAAAAAAAAAAAACAAUCAUAGAA